GCAGCAACAUCAUCGGAAACGUUCAACGCCGACGACGGAACAGAUGAUAUUGGUGGCUGUUCAUUGGGGGCAGUAUGAAACGUAACUGCCGAAACAUUACCGCCGGAAGAUGUCAACGUAUAUGAUGCAGCAGAAGAUGUUGUUAGCUGAUUCUCCACGGUACUAACUACUGGAAGCACUUGUACGCACGUAGGGUUUCGCACAACUUCUUCACUGCAAAACAUACCAACAUCAUCUGGAUCUUCCGGACGCGCUUGCUUUGUCGGCAUAGACAUGAUGUUGCUAGAGCAAAACAGAGAUUUCAAAAAAGCGACGUAGAGAAAACUUUGAAUAAAACGCUGACAAAAUUGCUUGUUGUUCACGACAUGAAAAUUGAACUGUGAACGUUUACCGCUGUCAAUAAAAAUAAACAACUAUGGCACCGCGUUGAAAUGUCACGCACACUGCUAAGCAUACCACGCAUGGCUCGAAAGAACACAAACACAUUGACAACUGCAAAGCGCACCGUGCGUUACGGGUGGGGAGGGGGAGGGCUCGCGCGAGGAUGUAACUCAUUCCUCCAAGAGUAACUGCUAACGGAGGACGGUACUCAAAUCACUCAAAAAAUACACUCAUUUUGCCGGACGGGUAGGCAAAAUUCCCAGGGAAUAACCCGGUACGCGCGUGUGUAAGAAAUUCGGUGAAGUUUAGCGUGAUUAGCGAAUUGUUGGAAGUGUGCGCGUGUGCGUGAAGUUCAAAGGGACACGUUUCGCAGGGACUGUUUGCGUCGGUGGUCCGAUCGUGGACAAGCGUCAACGUGAGUGUGUGAGUUGGAAAGCUAAGAAAACGUUUCUAGGAGCAGUUCACGUCGGUGGUCCGAUCGUGGACGUGCGUAAAUGUGUCAGUGUGUGCGCAAUCGGUCAGCACGCUGGUGCACGAGAAAUUCGGUAAAUUUCAUUGUAAGCUAUUCGCUAAGCAGUGCACCUGCGCAUGUGUGUAUGCGUAAUAGAUAGGGAAUUGCGUUGCGAUCCGUUAGUGCGGUACACAGGAGCACGUUGCCUCCAGAACAGUGUCAGUGGUCCGAUCGUGGACACGUGUUAACGCAUACGUGUGUGUGUGUAUGUGUUCGACGUACAACACAUUAGUUGAGUUAAGUACUCUGUCUUUCAGAAAUAGGCUGAGUGUAGCUGCGCUCAAGCAAAUGAGCGUCAUUUGUAUUCUCUUAGAAUAGGCUAUAUAGCAUUUGUCCUAGUUUGUCGUUGCCAAGUCGAGUCAGAGACAAAGGAUUGAGUGAGUGUGAGUGUAUCCGAUAGAGAAAUAUUCAGUAUUGUCUUAGGAUACAAAGUAACUUUCUAGAACAGUGUGCUGCGACGGUUUCGAUUGUAUAAGUAUGCGUGAGUGUUUCUCGCAAAUAACGAAUUGAGUGUCAAAUCAGGGUGCAAAGACCUUCCCGGGAUAGUGAUAGAUUGGUGCUUGAUUGUUUUCGGUUGUGUUCGAUCGUGUUGAACUUGUUCGAGCGUGCGCGUGUGUCCAGGAGAGCAACGACCUUCGGACAAUUAGACUAUGGUGAUGAGUUCCUGAAAUCAGCUAGCAAUUGCAACUGUGUUUGGACAAUAGCAAAAAGACAUUGGUACCCGGUUCAACGAAACAUCGACGUACGGCAGAGCCACGUGGUCGAGCAUCGUGCGUGUGGCGCAUGAGCUUCUGGUGGAACGGCAGCGAUAAGUCAAACAAGCUUGGUUCGUAGACUUAUUAUAUUGUUCGAUUAUUAUACCCUAUUAAUAUUUUAGCAUGCCGAAAACACGAAGUGAAAAGGGAAUGAAAGUCGUGGAAGCUGGGACCAGCAAGGUAACGACGACCCCCUCAAAUGAAAGCAGCGAGGCGGAAGACGCCGGUUUAAAUCGGACGAUUCUAGAGAACGCCGAAGAAGAAAUGUCACAACUAAUCGCAGAGGAAAUUGCUCGUCACACCAGGGAGAUGUCACUUCGAAAGCAACUUUUAGAGCUGAAAAUAAAGCACCAGAAAGAGUUGGAAGAGAUGGAACGAUUACAUCAGCAGCUAAACAUAAGCCUUCCUGUUGUGGAAACCAAGCCAUGUGUAGCAACAGUAUCGAGUAUUACACCCGAACAGCGCUUAGCACGGAAAUCAGUGAAUACUAGCUUGGCGAAGUUUAGCGGUAAUAUAGAAGAAUGGCCUCUAUUCAUCAGUAGCUACAAAUAUACGACCGAGUCCUGCGGAUUUUCCAACAUGGAAAAUCUUAAACGUCUACAAGAUUGCCUAACUGGAGAAGCUCUGGAACAGGUUAGAGGGUCACUAUUAACGCCAGAAACAGUUCCAAGUGUAAUUGAAGACUUGAAAAAUCUUUUUGGACGACCACAGAAGCUUCUAAAAAUGAUGCUACGGAAAGUUCGUGAAACGAAGGCCCCUACCGAAGAUCAGGUCAAGACUUUCAUAGUAUUCGGGAUGAAAGUAAAGCAGCUUAAUGAACAUCUAGUAGCGUGCGAAAUGACAGACCAUCUAGGCAAUCCACUACUGGUCGAUGAAUUAGUAGGAAAGCUUCCCACGAGCUAUAAACGAGAAUGGGUCCAAUUCAUGAAAGGCAAAGCUGGGAAAGCCCUUUGUUUGUUUAACAAGUUUAUCCAAUUAGUGGUGAGCGAGCUAGCAGAAGUUGAUGAGUAUGACUUAGAGCCUUCAAAGCGACGUGAUAGAAAGGAUGGAAAUUUUCAAUCAGAAUUCCACAAGAAGUCAUCGUCCACAAGCCGAUUUAAAAAGGAAUACACCAAUGUUCACCAUUCGAAAGAAGAUGCUUCUCCGAAAAGAAGCCCAAGUUGCUGGAUAUGCAAGCAAACAGGACACACGUUAAAUAAUUGCAAUCAAUUCCAAAAGAUGACGGUAGCUGAGAGAAUAGCUGCAGCAGAGAAAGCGAAGCUUUGUAAAACAUGUUUGAGCAAAUUCUGCCAUGGCGUAUGUCUUAGAUCGUUGCGGUGCGAAGUGAAUGGCUGCGGAAAACAACAUCAUACGCUGGUGCAUCGAACCGAAGAACACGUUCAGCUACAGAGAGCUGAUUCAAGCGGAGAUGCGCUGCGAACACAAGUAGUGAUGUAUCGAACGAUACCCAUUAGUCUUCAUUACGGCGAAAAUAGUAUUGAUAUUACAGCAUUUGUUGACGAAGGCUCGUCAGCAACUUUAAUAGACGAGUGCGUUGCUGAACAGCUGAAAGCAGAUGGUCCAAACGAGCCGUUGCAGAUAACCUGGACUGGAAACAUAAGUCGCUUUGAAGACCGAUCCAGGAAGUUGGAUCUUUUAAUCUCGAGUCAAGGAUCAACCCAGAAGUGGAAACUGUUCGAACCUCGUACAGUGGCUGGACUCAUGCUACCGAGUCAAUCCUUGAGGUUAGCUGAUGUGGUAAAGCGGUAUAAACAUCUGGCGGACAUUCCAGUCACAGGAAACAGUCAGCAAAACCCUUUGAUAGUAAUAGGGCUUAACAACAUCGAACUGUUCGCAGCAUUAGAGACCAGAGUUGGCAAUCCAGGUGAACCGGUUGCGGUUCGAUCGAAGAUAGGCUGGACCAUUUACGGUGUAACUGACAGCGCUUCGACUCCCCACGUUGUGAUGAACCUGCAUCGUAUCACUGCAAUGACCAAUCGAGAUCUUCAUGAUGUUCUUGAGAACCAGUAUAAGUUGGAGCAAAUGAGCAUUCCUGCCUUUGAAGUUCCAAUAGCUCCUGACGAGAAACGAGCAAAGGACAUUCUCAAGAGAACGACAAAACGAAUUGGGAACCGAUUCGAAACAGGGCUUCUAUGGCGAGAUGAUAAUCGUGUUUUUCCAGACAGCUAUCCUACAGCAGAAAAGCGCAUGCAACAACUGGCGAAACGUCUGAAAAAGAAUCCAGCCUUGGAGUCAAAGGUAGCCAAAAUGAUUAAAGAGUACGAGCGAAAGGGCUAUGCCCAUAAGAUCACCGAUGAUGAAUUAUCUGGAUUCUCGGCACAAGAGAUGUGGUAUCUACCCCUUAACGUGGUACACAAUGCUAAGAAACCAGAAAAGAUCCGUUUAGUGUGGGACGCAGCGUCAACGGUGGCAGGAGUUUCGUUGAACUCUAUGCUACUUAAAGGACCAGAUAUGUUGGUUCCUUUACCGAGAGUCGUGUGUCGAUUUCGAGAACGAGUUUUCGCCUUUGGAGGCGACAUGAAGGAAAUGUAUCAUCAGUUGCGCAUAAAAAAUGAGGAUAAACAGGCGCAACGAUUUUUGUUCGGCAGCGAUACGAAAGGCAAGCCACAGGUUUAUGUUAUGGACGUAGCUACGUGCGGUGCUACGUGCUCACCCUGUUCAGCGCAAUUUGUGAAGAACAUGAACGCCCUUGAGUUCAGUGAGCAGUAUCCAGAGGCAGCUCGAGCAAUCAUAGAAAAACACUAUGUUGACGACUACUAUGAUAGUGUUGAUACAGAAGCGGAAGCCAUUAAGCUGGCAAAGGAAGUCCGGCCUAUUCACGCCCAAGGAGGAUUUCAUAUCCGCAAUUGGAUGUCCAAUUCAUCGGCAUUCUUGGAUGAGGUUGGAGAGAGAAGCGAGAAAGCAGCGUUGCAGUUUUCAAGCAAUCAGAGCACCACAUAUGAUCGUGUUUUGGGGAUUAGUUGGAGAUCAAAAGACGAUGUUUUUUGCUUCAGUGUGCUGUCAGACGCGGAUCAUCAAAGGUUCAUCGUUGAUGGAUUUCGACCCUCGAAGCGGAUUGUGUUGAGCGUGGUGAUGACUUCAUUCGACCCGGUGGGUCUGAUUACUCCUAUCACUAUUCGAGGUAAGAUGCUGAUUCAGGACUUAUGGCGAACCGGAUGUGACUGGGACUCGAAUAUUGACUCCGAAUCGUUUGAAAAAUGGAAACGAUGGCUAAUGUUGGUGCAAGGGGUGGGGUCGUGUCUAAUUCCUCGUAGUUACUUCGGAAGAGUACCUUCAACUGAGAUCGAGAAGAUAGAGCUACACGUAUUUUGCGAUGCGAGUGAAACAGGGUUUGGUGCAGUUGCCUACUUCAGAGCGAUUAUUGGUGGAGCAGUUAGUUGUUUACUGGUAAUGAGUCGUGCCAAGGUGGCUCCUAUGAAGCCGAUGUCGAUACCUCGUCUGGAACUUGAAGCGGCAAUUCUAGGAGUACGUCUAUCGACAAAGGUGCUGGAUAGUCAUUCAUUGAACAUCUCUCGUACAUACUACUGGACUGACGCAAAGGUAGUUUUAUCUUGGAUACGCUCGGAUCCGAGACGCUAUAAGCAGAUUAUUGGCUUCCGUGUGGGUGAGAUUCUGCAUACAUCGAGCGUUGAAGACUGGAAUUGGGUGCCAUCGAAAUCCAAUCCGGCGGAUCUAUUGACGAAGUGGGGAAAUUCUCUUGACAUGACACCGGAAAGCAGUUGGUUAAAGGGACCUUCAUUUCUGUACGACGAAGAGGAGAAUUGGCCGCAGCAAGAGCCUCCACCGCUUAACACAAUUGAGGAUUUAAGAGUUCAUCUUCUAAUCCACGACGUGAACAUUCCCUUUCGUAUUAUUGAUGCGGAUCGCUUCUCAAAAUGGACGGUAUUAGUGCGCGCCAUGGCGUGUGUGUUUCGAUUCAUCUACAACUGGAGGAAGAAGGCAGAAGGUAAACCCUUAGAAAUGUUGCAAGUGACUGAUAGACAACGAAAACUGCUGAUGCACUUGAAAGUUGAGACGAAACGGGUUCCGUUGCAACAAUUGGAGUACGAGAAAGCAGAACGAGCGCUAUUGAAGAUGGCGCAAGUCGAUUGUUUCAUUGAUGAGCUGAAGAUAUGAAUGAAGAACAAAAAUCGACCAACUAAUCUAUGGAUUAAUUUUGAAAAAGACAGUGCAUUGUAUAAGCUUUCGCCGAUGUUGGAUGAGCAUGACAUUAUUCGUGUGGAAGGUCGGAUGGAACGAGCGGAAUUUCUUCCUUUCAGUUUGAGAUUCCCAAUAAUAUUACCCAGCGAUCAUAGGGUCACCCGACUGAUAGUACGUCAUCAUCAUGAGAAGAGCGGACAUGGCUACCGCGAAGCUGUGAAAAAUGAGCUACGACAGCUCUACCACAUCAUACAUCUCGACGCUACCGUGCGAAAGGAGACUGCAGCCUGUGUCUGGUGUAAGGUACGUCGCAAUCGCCCUAAAGUACCAAGGAUGGCGCCGCUGCCGGUGCAACGCUUGACACCCAAUCUACGACCCUUUAGUUUCACCGGAGUUGAUUACAUUGGACCGUUCGAUGUGACCAUCGGACGACGUAGCGAAAAAAGAUGGAUAGUGCUAUUCACUUGCCUAGUGGUACGUGGAAUCCAUCUUGAAAUCGCUCAUGGACUGACUACGCAAUCCUGUCUGAUGGCUCUGAGGCGAUUCAUUUGUCGACGAGGCUGGCCUGUUGAGUUCUUAUCCGACAAUGGGACGAACUUCAGAGAAGCUAGCCGAGAAAUCACCGAAAUGGUCGGGACUAUCCAGAAUGAGUGUGCGGACCAGUUUACGAACGCGCGGACAAAAUGGAGCUUCAACCCCCCGGUCACACCCCAUAUGGGAGGGGUGUGGGAACGUUUGGUGAGGUCAGUUAAAGGCAUACUAGCAGCAAUCGAUGACGGAAGACGACUGACAGACGAGAUCCUUCAGACGGCCAUCGUAGAAGCUGAAGACAUCAUCAACAGUCGGCCGUUGACUACGGUGACACAAGGUGGCAGCGACCAGGAGACCCUGACACCGAAUCAUUUCCUGCGUGGGGUUUCGGAGAUGGAUAAGCGUAAUAUCCCACUCACAAACAUUAAAGAAGCGUUGCGGGAUUCAUAUUGUAGAACACAGCAGUUAUCCGAUGUAAUGUGGGAUAGAUGGGUAAAAGAAUACGCGCCGACUAUAAAUCUGAGGUCCAAAUGGUUCGGGGAAACCAAGCCACUAGAGUGCGGAGAUCUUGUCUACAUAGUAGACGGGAAAAAUAGGAAAUGUUGGGUGCGAGGCGUAAUAGACGAAGUAAUAGUAGCAGGUGAUGGGAGGAUUCGUCAGGCAUGGGUAAAAACGAAUCAAGGUAGGUUGAAAAGAUCUACUAGUAACUUGGCGGUCCUGGAGAUAUAGUGAAGUAACACCAGACAGGAGAUAGGGACUGGCUUACGCGCCGGGGAUUGUUGGGACCGCGAAAAAUAAUAUCAAAUGUUUUGAUGUUUCGAAAUUGAUCGCGUUGAUCUCGUGUAGAUAGGGCCUUUUAGGGGGUCGAUUUAGUUCGGAUUAAUCUUGUCCCUAAUUUUAUGUCGCGAACGCGUUGGGUUUCGUGAGUAGGUAAUAAUGGAUUUUAUUUUACACUAUCUUAGGAACGGUUGCGCACGUUCAUUCGAGAGGGGUUCGCGUUGAGGAAUUUUCGAUCGUGGAGCGAAGGAAGAAGUCUGUUCGCUUUCGAGGUUGGGUUGCAAGAGAGAGAAUGUGCUCGCUGACAGCAGGAAGUGUAGCGCUGGACACGCGGCGCACGUCACUUUGACACAUUCGUGUGCCUGGUGAGUGCACUCCACGGAGAUCCGUGUCUU